AUGAUGAUCCCAAGCGUCAUUGCGCCUCCUGCCCUCUACCCGGGGCUGUACCGGCCCGCCGCUGCUCUGCCGCUCCACCAGACCCUGCCGUCCGUCUUCCCGACCCACUCCAGCUUUCUAGUGGAGGACCUGCUGCGGAUAAGCCGCCCCGCCGCCUUCACGAACCGGACUGUCCCGCCAGCGACCGCCUCCACAGCCACCGCCACCAGCACCGCGUCUUUCAGCGGCGCGCCCGCGGAGCGCGCGUUGGCCACGACCGCGAUGACGCGCGAAUCGUGCUCGCCGAAAACGUCAGUGCCGAGCAGCAAGGACCCAACUUUUCUCAAGUUUGGAGUGAGCGCCAUCCUCGCACCUUCGCCAAAGAUCGCUUCCUCACCCCCUACAAUCCACAGUCUGCACUCCAAGACCUUCCCCAUCCCCUGCUUUGACGGAGCCUUUCACCCCAUAUUCAGGACGCCUUAUUUACCAGCAUCUUCAUCCGUUGUUCCCAUCCCCGGGACCUUUUCGUGGCCCCUGGCCGCCAGAGGGAAACCCCGCAGAGGGAUGCUGAGGAGGGCGGUGUUCUCCGAUGUGCAGCGCAAAGCUUUGGAGAAAAUGUUCCAGAAACAGAAAUACAUCAGCAAGCCCGACAGGAAGAAACUGGCCUCUAAACUGGGCCUAAAAGACUCACAGGUGAAAAUCUGGUUCCAGAACCGGCGGAUGAAGUGGAGGAACUCCAAGGAGCGAGAGCUGCUGUCGUCCGGCGGCUGCCGCGAGCAGACGCUACCCACCAAGGCCAACCCGAAUCCAGACCUCAGUGACGUGGGCAAAAAGUCCUCAGCCGAUGAAGAGGAGGACGAGGAAGAAGAGUUCGGAAGAGAGAGAGUGAGGGCGGCAGGGUCCGGCAUCUCCUCUCCGUCUCUUUCCAGUAAGCACUCGGACUUCUCAGAGUCAGACGAAGAAGAAAUAACAGUAUCUUAA